AUGGGAGGCUUGGGGUGGAGGCGGGGGAACGGGGCGGUGGGCGUGCGCGGGUUGUGCGCGCCUGGGCGCCGGGAGCGCGGAGCCGGGCGGAACCGCAGCGCGGGUGGCGGGGCCCUGGAGGUGGGUGGGCCGCGCUCACUCCGCCCGCCGGGCCGCGGGGUCGCCAUUGGCCGCUGCCGGCCGCUCUCCGCCCGCCCCGGAGGCGGCGAGGAGGACGCGGCGCGGGAGCCGGGCGCAGGGGACUCCGGGGACAUUGUUCCCACGGCGGGAGGGGCGCGGCGACCCUCGUGGUGGCGGCGCUGGAGUCGGGGAGUCGGCCGGGCACUGAUGCAUGAGGGGCCCGCCGAUGCGCAGCAGCGGGGGUGAUGGUUCGGGGAGCGGAGCUGAGGCGCGCCCGGCUUUGGUGAGGCGUGACGGUUAUCAUGACGGUGUUCAGGCAGGAGAACGUGGAUGAUUACUACGACACCGGCGAGGAACUUGGCAGGUACUGGGGGGACCCCCUCCACCCCCCCCACCCCACCCCGGAAGCGCAUGGUUCUGGGUUCUGGGGUGCGUGCUGUUGUUGUGCAGUGGGCGGUCAACAAACGCAGUGUGAAUCCAGACGUCUCCCUCGCCUUCCAGGAGAUGUGCAAAUUAUAGAGUUAGGAACGGAGGAAGGCCGGGGACCAGAAUAAAUUGCUUGAUCCGAGGAGGGUUAGGGUUAGGGACCCCUGGCCUGCGCCAACCUCAGCCUGACUGGGGUUUGAACUCAGAGCUUUGCGCUUGCAAAGCAGGUGCUCUGCCCCUUGAGCCACACCUCCAGUCCAUUUUGCUCUGGUUAUUUUGGAGA